AUGGCACGACGGAAUCUAAGAAUUCAAGAAUUCGAUGUCAGCACCAAUUCUAAUGGAGCUUCAAGGGUGCUAUGUGGCCAGCUAGGAUGCAGAUCUUUCCAAGUUGUCGCAGGAGGGGAUGAUGCAAUGCAAGUGCGACUCUGAAAAAUAUCAAAACCAGAGUCUCUUCUAUCUUUACCUGGGCAUUCUUCUGCGAUUACUUCAGUAGCAUUCAGCAGCGAAGAGAUUGAAUUAUAUUCUGGCUCAUUCGGUGGCACAGUUAUUGUAUGGGACCUCAAUGCACAAAAAGCAGUCAGCAGUCUUAAAGGUCAUUUAUCUGCUUGUACCACUCUUUCUGCUUACCCCAAUGAAGGACAAACAUAUUUAGUUACAGGGUCUUCUGACUGCAACAUCAAGUUUUGGGAUUUAAGGCGAAAAGCUUGCAUUCAGACCUUUAAAGGACACAGAGGAAAUGUCAAUGUUGUAUCAUUUAGCCCAGACAGUCGAUGAAUUGCUUCAGGAGGGGCAGAUGGGACUGUCAAGAUUUGGGAUCUCAGCACCUCAAAAAAGCUCUGUGAUUUCUCAAUAAAUGACUCUCCAGUAACCUGUCUGCAGUUCAAUCCUCAGAACUUGUCAAUGUCUUCAGGACACCAAGACAGGACUGUCCAGCACUGGGACUUGGAAAAUUUUGGACACAUUUCACAGACAACCCCUGAAGCUAACCCAAUACAAAGGAUAUGUUUUGAGACGUCUGAAGGUAGAAUGCUUUUUACAGCUGCAAAUGACUCACUUAAGCUCUGGGAUAUUGAAAAUGGUGAACUUUAUGACUCAAUAGAGUCCUCGUGGAAAGGAGUUGUAGAUUUGGCUAUUAAUGAAAAGGACAAUAUUUUGGCUGGUUUGUGUGUAAAUAACAGCUCAUUUUCAUUGUGAAGCACAGAUUUGAGCCAGGUCAGCUACGACACCCCAAGAAUUGAAGAACAAAAAGUAAACCCUAUCGAGGUCAGGCCGAAAAAAAGAGAAAAAGUUGAAAUGGGGGCAAGCUUCGUAGAAGCGCGCAGCAACGCACCUAUAGGGCUCAAUUUUCAAGAGUUCAUGCCAAAGGUGGAAGCUGAAAGCUCUAACGACUCAAAGAUUCUUUCAGAAAUUGAUGAAAAUCAUGAUAGAAUUUUGACUGUAAUCAAGAGGCGCACUGAAAGCAUUAAUUUAGUGCUCAACUGAUGGCUUGGAGGGAACAUGUCAGCCACUAUAAAUGCUUUGAAUAUGAUGAAUGAUAUCAGUGUAAGGGCUGACGUCCUGCGAUACUGCUUCACAGACUGCCGGCUUGACUGUUUAAGUCUUGAGCACUGUGCUUCAAUCUUACCAUUGGCCAAAAGUCUGAUCGACUCAAAAUACGAAGCUUACAUAAGAACUGGGAUGCUUGUAGUCUCAACCCUUCUAAAGCAAUUCCGAAGCCUUAUCACAAGCACUCUUACUGUCCCUGUAAUGAUGGGAGUUGAUCUAGCCAAAGAAGAAAGAAUAAAAAAGUGUGAAAGCUGCUUGGCUGCAUUCAAAAGUGUCAAUGAGUCCCAAGGGCUUGAGAAAAACUCAAAAAGAGAAAACCCAACUGGAGAAGCAGGAAAAGAGCUUAAAAGAAACCUGGAAACGUUUAUAGGAGAGUCUAAGCGAAUGUAA